AUGGAGGUAGACCCAUCCAAAGCUAGAGGCCAUGUCAUCUGUGAAGAAGAUAUGAUGUUUACAGAGGAACUAUGCCAAUUGUACCACUUGUGUGUGGGAUUCAACCAAGAUCCUUGCAAUGAAGAUGACUUCAAGUUUAUUUAUGAGUAUGAUGACGAUUUUACCACAUUUCCUACAAUUAGUGUUCUAGCAUUGAAGGUUUGCUUGACGAAAAUGUUUGAAACACCAGGGCUCCCUCAAUUUAAUAUCAUGUCAUUGCUACAUGGAGAGCAGAUUGUUGAAGUUUCUAACCCUAUCCCUCCAGGCUCCUCUGUAAGAUGUGUUGCAGUUAUGGAAGACCUCGCAGAUAAAGGGAAAGGAAUGCUCAUGACAGUCAGAAUUGACCUCAAAAAUCCAGAGAAUCUUGAUGAAAUGUAUUCAAGAUGCUAUAUGAAAUUCUAUGUGAGAGGACUAGGUGGAUUCGGUGACAAAGGAAUCCUAGAUCAAAAGAUCCCAGAUCCUCCAACAAGAGAGCCAGAUCAGAGCUUUGAGGCCCCCACAGAUGAAAGACUUGCUCUUUUCUACCGUCUUUGUGGAGAUGUAAAUCCUUUGCAUAUCGUUCCAAGCGCAGCUCAGCUUGCUGGUUUCGAAAAGCCGAUUCUUCAUGGACUCUGCACUUAUGGAAUCUUGGGGAGAGCUGUUUAUGAGACAUACUGUGAAGGUGAUGUUUCCCUCAUCAAAAAUAUUAGUGUUAGAUUUGUUUCUCAUGUAUAUCCAGGAGAGACCAUUAAAGUAGACAUGUUUAAGGAAGGAGAUAGCAUCUUGUUCUCAGCAAGUACUGUUGAGAGAAAAACAGUUAUCUCAACCGGUGUUGUCGACUUGAAGCCACAGGCUAAGAUUUAG